CACACACGGACACAAACCACACACAUGCUGCACACUCUAGCACAAAUUUGAAUCAAAUACAGACAGACAGAACAUGAACAUACACACAAACGCACACAUUCAUGUCUAAGGAUUUUUUGUAAUUCAUUUACAGUAUCAUCUGAAUGGUGUUUGGCUGUGUGCGCAACAUGCAACAUGACUCACCCUCUCUUCCUCAUUAUACCCUCAGCUUCAUUUGGUCUUAAAUUUCCACCUCCAUUUGUUUGACUCGUUCAACAACAUUAAAGUACUUUACCUUGUUUUGACAAGUGAAAAGAAAAGUCUGUCAGACACUUCAGAGCUAGAAACCUGCUACGUGAGGCUACUGGAAAAGUAGUGAACAUUUUAAAAUCAUGGGCAAACUGUCUGUCCUUCUUUUUGUUCAUUCUUUUUCCACCCUUGUCAACGCAGGUUCAGGAUCACAUUCUCUGUGGGUACUUGCAACAUAUAUAAGUGGAGAGACGCCUUUCCCUGAGUUUACGGUUGUGGUGAUGUUGGAUGAUGUUCAAGUGACUUACUAUGACUCCAACAUGAAACACUUCAUCUACAGGGUAAAUAACACCCCUAACAAAAUGCAUGAUAACGAAGCUCAGGACGGAGCUUAUGUAUUUGGAAUGAUGUUCAACAACAUGAAAGAGAGAUCAUUUAACCUAAAGCACCACUUCAACCUCACGGAAGGUGUUCAAGUUCAGCAAAGAAUGUCUGGCUGUGAGAUGUUGGACAAUGGUGAACCGGUCAUGUUCGUGGUAAAGGACACUUUCAAUGCCAUUUAUACAGAUCAAAUGGUAUGUUACAACAUGACACAUUUUAUAUAUGAUGCUGGGAAACUACUACGAGGAUGGGAUGGGAUGAGGCAAGCGUUUGAAAGAGUAUUAUUUGAGAAUGUUCAUCUUCCCAUUUGCAUCAGAACACUGAAGACAAUCCUGAAGAGAGAGAAGACCUUUGCGAUGCGUAAAGUUCCUCCCAGACUCAGGUUGAUAAAGAAAGAGGUUUCUGGAGGGCUCAAGGUGAGCUGCCUGGCGUUUGGUUUCUACCCCCGCCACAUCAACCUGACCCUGCUGAGAGACGGCCAGCCAGUGGCAGAACAGGAUGUGACAGGGGGGGAGGUUCUGCCUAGUGGAGACGGGACCUACCAGCUGAGGAAGAGUCUGGAGGUCAGUACUGAGGAGCUAAAGAAGAGACACAAUUACACCUGUACUGCCUCUCACCUCAGUCUGGACAACAAGCUGGAUGUCAGUUGGGAGUCUGGGACAGAGAGAGUUCACCUAUUCACUCUCUCAGUUCUACUGGUGAUGCUGCUGGUUGUUAUUCUAUUGGGCAUUUUCAUUUGUGUCAAAAGGAGGUGGAGUAACACUGCCUCUCAGUCUGAACUUGCCAACGUUGAUGCAACAGUGUCAGAGGAAAUGAACCUUUCUUCAGAUUCUGAGAACUAAUACAUUUUUGGGACACUGAGGCAGCUUUGUCGAUUCAGCUCAAUUCACAAUGAAAAUAUGACUGCCAGAGCACCUAUGAGGGAAGACACAAAAUGUGUGAAUGAUUCUGUCAUGGUCAGUCAAUCUUCCCUUACCCUCAAUAAAGGACUGUAAAGGAUCCGUUUGGGGAGACUGUUGACUAACACAUAUCUGGUUAUUAGUCCAGAUCUGCAUUUAUAUAUUUUAUAUGCUGGAUUGGCAUCCUGAGCAUUAACAAAGGCAAUCUGCUAGUUAGACAGUUGAAGUCGUAAGUUUACAUACACCUUAGCAAAA